AUGUCCGUGCUGCUGGCCACCCUCGGAGCGUCGAUGGCCGUCGGAGGCUGGGCCGUCGGCAUCGGCGUCGGCGGCCUCUGCGUGGACCAGCUGUCCCGCGGCAUCGGCGGCUUCGUGCUUACCGAGAGCCAGGAGGUCUGGAUCGUGACGUCCAACUUCAUCGGGACAGUGGUCGGAUCUGCCGCGGCCGGGGAGUUCUCUCGUCGCCUCGGAGCCAAGAACACCAUGCUCUGGUUCUGUAUUCCCGCCGUCGUUGGCUUCGUCAUCACCAGCGUGGCCAACUGCUACGAGGUUCUGCUAGCAGGACGCCUGUUGGUUGGCUUCUGCGCCGGUCCCGCCUUCGUGCUGCACGUGUUCUACAUCAGCAGCAUUGCGUCGCCGGAGUACCGCGGCCUCCUGGCCAUGCUGCCCGACAUCAUCUACAUGCUGUACGUGAUCGUGAGCCUGGUGCUGGGCCUGGCGCUGCCAUGGUGCUACUCGCUGGUGUUCCUGCGCGAGCUAGGCACGGCGCUGGACGCCACACUCGUCAGCGUGCUGCUCUGCGUGGUGCGCAUCGUCACCGUAGCCGUCGUGUCGGUGCUGCUCGACCGAGCCGGCCGGCGCACGCUGCUCAUUGUCUCCGCCUGCGGCAUGGUGAUCAGCUACCUGGCCGUGGCCGCCUACUUCUACGUGCCGGCGCUGGCGGCGUACGCGUGGUUGCCGCUGGCGGCGCUGGUGCUGGCUGUAUUCUUUUUCUGCAUGGGCGUGGGUUCCGUGUCGUGGUGCCUGAUCGGCGAGAUGGUGCCGCCGCGGCUGAGCGAUGCCGCCGGCGCCGCGCUCGUCUUCUACUACAACGUCGCGUCGCUGCUGAGCGUGCAGCUGUUCCCGGCCAUGCUGGCGGCGCUGGGCUUGGGCGGCGUGUUCCUGGUGCACGCCGGCAUCGUGUCCGCGCUGCUGCUGGUGGUGGUGCUGGCCGUGCCCGAGACGCGCGGCCUCUCGCUGCAGCAGAUCGAAGCGCUGUUCGAGGCGCCCCGGGACGACACGUACAGGCUGGUCAAGGCCCUGCCGCUGCCGGCCGGCUACAACACAUUCAGCCCCGUCGGUGGCGGCUGA